AUGCGGCCCGCCGGGACUGCGCUCUGGCUGCCCCUGGCCUUGGCCCUGGCCCUGGCCCUCGUCGACCCCCUGGCUGUGGGGUGGGCCUUGGCCCGCGCCCCGAUCUAUGUCAGCAGCUGGGCCGUACGGGUGUCCCAGGGGAACCGGGAGGCCGAACGCCUAGCGCGCAAGUUCGGCUUCACCAACCUCGGGCAGAUCUUUCCCGAUGGGCAGUACUUCCACCUACGGCACCGGGGCGUGGCCCACCGGUCCCUGAGCCCGCACUGGGGUCACUGCCUGCGCCUGAAGAAAGACCCCAAGGUGCAGUGGUUUGAGCAGCAGACACUGCGGCGGCGGGUGAAGCGCUCCCUGGCAGUGCCCACGGACCCCUGGUUCCCCAAGCAGUGGUACAUGAACAACGAGGUGCAGCCCGACCUGAACAUCCUGCAGGUGUGGGGCCAGGGGCUGACGGGCCAGGGCGUCGUAGUCUCCAUCCUCGACGACGGAAUCGAGAAGGACCACCCGGACCUCUGGGCCAACUACGACCCCCUGGCCAGCUACGACUUUAACGACUAUGACCCAGACCCCGAGCCUCGCUAUACAUCCAGCGAUGAGAACCGACACGGGACCCGCUGUGCAGGGGAAGUGGCUGCGAUCGCCAACAAUGGCUUCUGCGGUGCUGGUGUCGCCUACAACGCCCGAAUCGGAGGAGUGCGCAUGCUGGACGGCACCAUCACAGACAUCAUCGAGGCCCAGUCGCUGAGCCUGCAGCCACAGCACAUCCACAUCUACAGUGCCAGCUGGGGCCCGGAGGACGACGGCCGCACGGUGGACGGGCCUGGUGUCCUCACCCGGGAGGCCUUCCAGCGCGGCGUGACCGAGGGCCGUGGCGGGCUGGGCACCCUGUUCGUCUGGGCAUCGGGCAACGGCGGGCUGCACUACGACAACUGUAACUGCGAUGGCUACACCAACAGCAUCCACACGCUGUCAGUGGGCAGCACCACCCAGCAGGGCCGUGUGCCCUGGUACAGUGAGGCCUGUGCCUCCACACUCACCACCACCUACAGCAGUGGCGUUGUCACCGACCCGCAGAUCGUCACCACGGACCUGCACCACCAGUGCACGGACAAGCACACGGGCACGUCCGCCUCUGCGCCACUGGCGGCGGGCAUGAUCGCCCUGGCUCUGGAGGCCAACCCGUUCCUGACGUGGAGGGACAUGCAGCACCUAGUGGUCCGCGCGUCCAAGCCGGCGCAGCUGCAGGCAGAGGACUGGAGGACCAACGGCGUGGGCCGCCAAGUGAGCCACCACUAUGGCUACGGGCUGCUGGACGCCGGGCUGCUGGUGGACAUGGCUCGUACCUGGCUGCCCACGCAGCCCCAGCAGAAGUGCGCUGUCAACGUCGUGAACGCCCCCACCAACAUCCUGUCGCUGAUGCACGUGCAGAAGAACGUAUCCGCCUGCGCCGGCCUCUCCAGCCACAUCCGCUCCCUGGAGCACGUGCAGGUGCAGCUGUCGCUGUCUUACAGCCGCCGCGGCGACCUGGAGAUCGCGCUCACCAGCCCCAUGGGCACGCACUCCACGCUCGUGGCCGUCAGGCCCUUUGACGUCAGCGGCCAAGGCUACGACAACUGGAUCUUCAUGUCCACCCACUUCUGGGACGAGGACCCUCAGGGCGUCUGGACCCUGAUUCUGGAGAACAAGGGAUAUUAUUUCAACACGGGGACGCUGUACCGCUACACGCUGCUGCUCUACGGGACGGCCGAGGACAUGAUGGCGCGGCCCACGGGCUCCCAGGUGACCAGCAGCGCGUGUGUGCGGCGGGACACAGAGGGGCUGUGCCAGGAAUGUCACAGCCCUGCCUACAUCCUGGGACACCUCUGUGUCUCCUACUGCCCACCGCGAUACUUCAACCACACGCAGCAGGCAGUAACCCCGGGGCCUGGGCGCCCAGCCACACCCGCCCUGCGAGUCUGUGCCAGCUGCCACCCAUCCUGCUACACCUGCCGUGGCAGCUCUCCCCUUGACUGCACCACCUGCCCCCCCUCAUACACCCUGGAUGAGCACCAGGGCUCCUGCUUGGAGCCUGCCACCCCUGCCAGCCACCCACUGCCCACCGCCACCGCUUGGCCCCACUGCCGCGGCGGCCCAUCCCAGGCUGUGCUGCUGGCCCUGCUGGCUAUGGCUGCAGUGUGUGGGCCUGGGUUCCCCCCAAGCUGACAGGCCACCCCAUCACCACCCCAGGCCCAGCUACUACCGGCUGGAACCCAGCAAUCUGUUAGCUGGGACAUGUGACGUGAACAGUGCAAGGUAUGCCUAAGCCUCAGCCCCAGUUGGGCCCUGCCACCCACUGCAGACUGGCCCAAGAGGGGGAAAACCAGCACCAGAAGGCCUUGGCUGGCCACCUGGCUGGCUCCAGGCCAGGGGCAGACUGCUGAGUCCUGCGUGAGUCCUGUUACUGGGUGUAGCAGCGCCAGA